AACCGGAAAAGGCGUGGUCCGAUGACGUAAGGGAUAUUUUGCUAACUGUUAGCUCGUGAGCUAACUCCCACAUUGCCGACUUUUAUCAAAUCAAUCUGGCCGAUUUAAGGAGCUUUUGUUAUUUAUUUAUUUAUUUUUUUUAAUAUCAGUGAAACCAGCGUGAAUGUUCUGUGAUAAACAGAAAGAAGACGACAUGAACGGAAGUACGAACCCGCUGCUGGACAAAGAGGAGCAUGUUUUAAAGCUGGGAGAAAGCUUCGAGAAGAGGCCCAAGUCCUCCUUCCACACCAUUAGAUAUGAUUUCAAGCCAGCCUCCAUCGACACGAGCUGCGAAGGAGAGCUGCAUGUCGGCAAAGGGGACGAAGUCACCAUCACGCUGCCUCACAUUCCGGGCUCCACGCCACCGAUGACGGUGUUCAAAGGCAACAAGCGGCAGUACCAGAAGGACUGCGUGCUCAUCAUCAACCACGACACCGGAGGAUUUGUCCUGGAGAAGCUGAGCAGCAGCAUCCAGGUGAAGAAAACCAGGGCGGAGGGCAGCAGUAAGAUCCAGGCUCGCAUCGAGCAGCAGGCGGUCCGCACCAACAUGCCCGGCCCUCAGUUCCGGGCCCCGACGAAGCCCGGCGUGGCCGUCAAGACAUCGCCGUCUCCGUCCCCCUCCAAGGACAACUCCUCACCCGAGCCGCAGCUGGACGACAUCAAAAGAGAGCUGCGGGCGGAGGUGGACGUCAUCGAGCAGAUGAGCAGCAGCGGCAGCAGCUCGUCCGACUCGGCCAGCGGCGAGGACAGCAGCGACGGCGAGCACGAAGCCCCGCGCCCGCCCGCUCCCCCCUCGCCCGGACGCCACCCCCUCGCCAACGGAGGCGAGCGGCAGCCGCCUGGCGACAACCAGCUCUUGAACACGCUUCGAAGCGACCUCCAGCUCAGCGAGUCGGGCAGCGACAGCGACGACAACUGAUUGGCCCCGCUCCCCCUCGCACGAGCAGAAGCAGCAACACCCAGAGUGUAUUUUUUGAUGUACAUUUGAUUUUCUACAAGAGUGUAGCUGUAUAUUUUAGAAGGAAGUAUUUUAUUUUCUCUACUUUUGUUUUAACUGACUUCUGAGAGCAGGAAGAGGUGACCUCUCCUCCUCGCAUCUUUUAGCAGAGAGGAUUGUGGGUAAACUUGCACACUAGCAGAGCUCCAAAAAAGGGAAAAUGUCCGGUGUUAACCACUAAGUGUGUUUUACUCAGACUACCUUGAAAUGUUGUGUUCCCGAUCACCUUUUUGUUGACUUUUUUUAGUUAGUGGUGUGCUACUUUCCAGUAUAUUUAUCUUUUGUCGUCUUGCUUGUUUCCUUAAGGGAUGUGUACAUAAAAAAAGGUAUUUAAAUAAAAGAUACAAAGUAGAAAGGAGUCGUGAGUGGAAAACGGCUUUUAAAAUUCAUGUAUUUUUUAGUUGAGCCGCGAAGAAUCGACCUCGUGUUGGCUGAAUGAUGCCUCUGUGAUUGUGUGGCACACUCAUUGGCGCGGGGUUUCUGCGUAUCAUUAAACGUUAUCAAAUGGAUUUGACAAAAAUUAAGGCCUUGAAAAGCCUUAAAUACCAGAGGCAUUUGAAAAAGAAAAAAAAACUACAAUUAUACGCCAAAGAUUGUCAAUAAGUCAAUUAAUUGAACAAUAAAGACAACAUACAUUUUAAA